CCAUCUGAAAUGGUCAUGAACCCCAAACAAGUCUUUCUCUCCGUGCUGAUAUUUGGAGUGGCAGGCCUACUCCUCUUCAUGUAUUUGCAAGUUUGGAUUGAGGAACAACAUACAGGAAGAGUGGAGAAGAAGAGAGAACAAAAAUCAAGUUCAGAAUGGGGACCACCACAUUACUUGCAGCCUGCACCCAGAAUCAUGACUACAGAAAAAAUCCAGGAGCAUAUUACCAACCAGAAUUCCAUGUUUCACAUGCCUGGGGAUCUGAAGAAAAAAAAGGGAAAUCUACUUAACUCUGGGAGGCCUACUAGGGUCUUAGCAAAGACUAGCCAUCCACAAGGAGAGAAUCAAGCUUUGGGAAAGAUUACAGGAUCAUCUACAAAUAAUUUGAUUGAAAAUCAUCAAGAAACUAAGACUCUUUUCAAGAAGUUCGGCGAGAUGAAUUGGUCAUCGGACAUUCGACAUUUAAACAAAAGUUUAGUUAAAGACAACAAAUGGAAGAAAACUGAUGUGACCCAAGAGAAACGUAGGUCCUUUCUUCAGGAGUUUUGCAAGAAAUACACUGGAGUGAGUCGUCCUCAAUCACAUCUUUUUCAUGUGGUAUCCAGGAUCUAUGUAGAAGACAAACACAAAAUCUUAUACUGUGAAGUACCAAAGGCUGGCUGCUCUAAUUGGAAAAGGAUUCUUAUGGUACUAAGUGGGUUGGCUUCCUCUACAUACAAUAUUUCCCAUGAUGCCGUCCACUAUGGAAAGUAUUUGAAAAAGCUAGAUAGCUUUGAUUUAAAAGGGAUCUAUACUCGUUUAAAUACCUACACCAAAGCUGUCUUUGUUCGUGAUCCUAUGGAAAGAUUAGUGUCAGCAUUUAGGGACAAAUUUGAACAUCCCAAUAGCUAUUAUCAUCCAGUAUUUGGAAGGGCAAUUAUAAAGAAAUAUCGAUCAAAUGCCUGUGAGGAAGCAUUAAAUGAUGGUUCUGGAGUCAAAUUCAGAGAGUUUGUCCACUAUUUGCUGGAUUCUCACCGUCCAGUAGGAAUGGACAUUCACUGGGAAAAGGUCAGCAAACUCUGCUAUCCAUGUUUGAUCAACUAUGAUUUUGUAGGGAAAUUUGAAACUUUGGAAGAAGAUGCCAAUUACUUUUUACAGCUGAUUGGUGCUCCAAAAGAGUUGAGAUUUCCAAACUUCAAAGAUAGGCACUCUUCAGACGAAAGAACCAAUACUCAAGUGGUGAGACAAUACUUGAAGGAUCUGACUAGAACUGAGAGACAGUUAAUCUAUGACUUUUAUUACUUGGACUACUUGAUGUUUAAUUACACAACUCCAUUUUUGUAGUUUGCACCCAUUUUCUAAAGCCCUGUGUUCACUUAAUGAUGAUGGCCUCAAAUCAGCUACUCUAAUUUUUCUCUAAUUCUCUGUAUGAGGGAAAUUUAACUAAGUGCAGUUGUCUUGAUUUAAGGAAUUUUUUUUAACUGAAUAGUAUGACAGCAAUUGGCACAAAGUUAUAGGAAAAUCAUCUAAUGGAGACAUGUAAACAACUUGAGUUGCUUUAAAAUGUUUGGAAAAGAGCUGCUUUGGCAUUAUGGAUCAUAUUGUCAAAGCAAUAACCUAACCAGCUGUUACAUUAACUAAAACAGCCUCUUGCAGUGGUACAAUGAGGCAUCUAAAAUAGCAUGAAUGCAUAUCUAUAUCCUGGAAUUCAUUGUCUAAAAUGCAUGAAUAUAUUUUUAGCAGUCUGUGGCAUAUUAAUCAGACCAUUAUAUAGUUUUCUCAUACCCUGGAAAUCUUUCUAUCAACUGUAAUGAUAAAUCCAUUUUGAAAUGAGAUUUGGACUUAGGCAUUUUACUUUAUGUUGGGAGGCAUUAUAUGAUUUGCAAUAUAAGAAUAUAGCAGAAAACCAGAUGAGGCUAUGCCUUUUUAUAUUUCACAGCCAAUAAAAAAAUACACAGCAUGCUAAAAUCAAAGCAACAAAAGCAACCUUUUUUCUUCCAGAAAAACUUAAGGGGAUUGAUUCUGUUUUCUUUUGAGCAUUCCAUGAAGAGACAAAAUGAACACAACCACUGGAGGUCUUCAUUUCUGAAGCAGGUGGUUAAAAUGUUUAAGCCUCAUCAGAUAUAAAUGUGCUCUUAAUUCUGGUUUAAUUGGACAGGAGG